ACACACAACAAUCAACGUGAAAGAGGAGCGAUCAAUCAUCCUCGAGCAAAGAUGGCGCGACUGGGGAUUCUAAUGCUCCUCCUUGGGGAAAUAGUCGCGAGGUCGGGGGUUCACGGAAUGUUUAGCGUUCAUGACGACUUAUUGGCAUUUCCGCAGGUACCCUAAUCCGCAUAUCUGUCCUACCUUUCUCCCCCCCCCUUUUUUUCUUUCACUAAGAGUUCGAGUUGGGUAUAUAUAGUACGAGAUCAAAUUCCGCGACGACGUUAUUCUCGAGGAAGAAGCUGAAGAACGACUCUCGUCGGCACCGACCAUAUCCUCCAACCCUCGGCCGAAAGCUACGGGUACAGCCGGGGAGGAUGCGAGCUCGGACGCAACAAGGGGUGAAGAAGGGGAAGGGGAGGAAAGCCAUGAGGCAGAGACUUACCAAGUAUUAUGGCUAAACGGACGCCGGUACCUAUGUUCGGUUCCCAUCGUCAAGCCAGCACCGCCCAUGAACGCAACGGAGAAGGAGCUGUCCAGAGCAGCGGAAGAGAAGGAACUCGUCCGGGCGACGACGAGGGGGUGGGAAUUACUGUCUGAUCUUGAGGGGCAAUGUUUAUACUUCGUACACCCCCUCCUCCUCCUCCUCGCUCUGCUCCCCCACCUUUAUUUGCUUCAGUAUGUUGACAUGAAGGAUGGCACAACAGGUGUCCGGCUGGUGGAGCUACUCAUACUGCCACAACCGCGAAAUCCGCCAAUUCCACCAGAAGCCGCCACAGAACGGCGCGAACACCUGGCCGCCGACUGAAGACCCGGCCACACCGUCCUACCUCCUUGGACAGGUCUCCCCCGAAGCGGUGAAGCGCACCAAAGGUCAAAAGGGCGAGGGCACGGAGUUGCAGGCCACCGGAGAAUUGAGGUUCUUGGUGCAGAAGCUCGGAGGAGGGACCACUUGUGAUCUCACUAAGAAGGAGAGGAAAAUUGAAGUCCAGGUCAGUUUGGUUGUCCGAGAUGCGCUUGGAUUGGAGGGUUUCGAAAUUGUUUCGUGUUGAGAGGGAUCGGUGAGCUUUAUGGAGAGGAAGCAUCAUAAUACUAAUUCACCUCGGGAAAAUAGUUCCAUUGCAACCCCCAAGGCUCCGACCGCAUCGGCUGGAUCAAGGAGGUCUCGAUAUGCUGUUACCUGAUGGUGGUCUACACCCCUCGUCUCUGCAACGACGUAGCAUUCCUACCUCCCCGCGAGGACCGGGCAAACAGCAUCUCCUGUCGUGAGAUCAUGACGCCGGGCCGAAUGGAAAAGUACUACACGAACAAGGCCAAGGAAGAGGAUGGCAAGGCCAUGAAGGUGCUCAGGAAGCCCCAGGAACUGGGCGCCGGCGAGGAAGCGGACAAGCCCGAGGUUAAGACGCUCGGGGGUGUGGUUCUGAGGGGUGCUGAUGAUCCGUUUACCGACGAUGAUGUCGAGAUUAUUAUUCAUGAGCUAUGAUGAUGGUGACGAUGAUGAUGCGAAUUUAAUUUUUUUUUCUUUCUUCUUUUCUUCUUCUCCCUUUUCUCCUUUUUCUCCUCCUCCUCCUCCUCCUCCUCCUCCUCUUGUAAGCUUCCCACUUUGCAUUUUUUGUUCUUUAUGGAUGGAUGGAUGGAUGGAUGGAGUUUAUCUCGGCGAUACACUGUACAGUACCAUACUCGAGUAGGGAAAUUAUUUCGUGGGUUCGCAUUGGAUUGAUUGUGCAGGUUAGUUUGCUCGCUGGGCAGUUUGUUGGGUGGGACCGGUUGGGGGGUAUAGCUUCUCCCGAGAGCACAGCAUCAUAUCAACAGCUCUCCAUCCCCAGCGAACCCUGAUACAGUACGCAGUUUUAAAAUUUUGAAAUAAAUCAAUUAGACGAAGAGCGAAUUAUAAAAUUUCGGUAU